CGAAAAAGCUGAAUGCCUUUCUUUCGGUCCUGUUUAGAAAAUAUAAAGUACGUAAUAUAAAGUAUAUGCUUACAUUUGAAAUAUUUUAUACUAAUACGAUUCAGUCAAACUUAAAUAGGAAGUUAUACCUAAAAGUUAUUGUUUUAGAAAAAACUACGAAGCGCUAAACUUGCGUUUCUAUAAGCUGAAAAAUAUUGAAAUAAUAAAUCCCGAUGAAUAACAAUAAAAUAUUUAAUUCGUCCGAAUUUCAUGUAAAAAAUGCUGAAUGUUAUAGCAAACAAGAUGAAACUAAAGAAUAUAAAAAAGAUGAAGCAGUUGUUACUAUUCCGCCAGAUGCUGGAUGGGCGUGGAUUGUUAUGAUAUCAUCCUUUUUAUGUAACAUCGUGGUAGAUGGGAUCGUGUUUAGUUCUGGCGCUAUUCAAAUGUACAUAGUGAAUGAUUUUGGAGCCUCCCAAGGCUAUGUCGCUCUGGUGAGCUCUCUUUUAAGCGGAUUCUAUUUAAUUGCAGGACCCUUUGUAAGUGCAUUAUGUAACAGAUUUGGAUUCCGCCCAGUAACAAUAGCUGGAGCUAUAAUUGCAUCAUCAGCGUUCUGUUUAUCAUAUUUUGCAAACAGCGUUGAAUUUUUGUUUUUGACAUAUGGCAUAAUUGGUGGAAUUGGAUUUUGCUUAAUUUAUAUACCGUCAGUUAUUACAAUUGGUUACUAUUUUGAAAAAUGGCGUGCUUUAGCUACUGGAAUCGCUUUAUGUGGAUCAGGAGUCGGAACAUUUAUAUUUGCUCCUUUAACCAAAUUUUUGAUUCAACAGUCUGGUUGGAGGAACACAUUAGUAAUUCAAGGCGCCAUAAUAUUAUCGUGCGCCAUUUAUGCUAUGGCGUAUCGGCCGAUUCCACCAAUUCACUUUGAAAUUUCAAAUAAAGAGGAAGAAAUAAAUGAAAAAUUAAGUUUAAACAAAGGAGUUUCUUCAAAAAGUCAUUUAAUUAAACCUUUACCCGAAGGCAGACUUGCUUUUUCUGUUCCAAAUAGCGCAUAUAGUACAUAUAUGGGACAAGCCAGUAACUCACAUCAUCCAACAGCUUUCGAAGUUUUCAGAGCAGCUCACUUAGAAAAAAAUUUUACAAAUUUUUCUCAAAAAGGAACAGAAUUGAAAAUUUUAAAAAAAAGUAAUGUUUUGCAAAAUACAAAUGAUGUGCAAAAACCAAAUUUUAACUUAACAAAAGAACUUGCGACUCUUGGCGAGAGAGAAGAAGAGAAAGAGGAAACUGAAAGCCAUAAUUUAUUGGUGACAGAAAAAACUGUAAAAGAAAUGCAAAAUCUGUCAGGCAGGCGUCAUACCGUUUCCACGUCUAGAAGGCCGGGAGAAUUCGGCUCAAGAAACAACAAAUUAGGGAGCCAUUGUGAUAUUCGACCAAUGUACAGAGAUGAUGUUUUUUUUACUGGAUCUUUAGUAAGAAUUCCUCAAUACACGUCGCAGACAUCCCUGGCAUACCAUAUGUCAGUAACAAGACUUCCCACCACAAAGGAUUUAAGAGAACGGGAAGAGCCUGGUUGUAAAAUUUUUCCUGAAGCUUUUAUGCGCACAUUGUCAACCAUGUUAGAUGUCGAGCUACUAAAAUCACCGUCGUUUAUGCUUUUAUGCACAAGUGGAUUCCUAACUAUGAUGGGUUUUUUUAUACCCUUUAUUUUUAUCGAACGUCGUGCUAUAAAAAAUGGUAUGGAUGAAAAUACUGCCAAUUUCAUUAUAUCCGUCAUUGGUAUAACAAAUACCGUUUCUAGGAUUGUAUGCGGUAUGAUGAGUUCUUUCAAAAUUAGUGCAUUGCAUCUAAAUAAUGUUGCUAUAACUGCUGGCGGAGUUGCAACUUGUUUAAGUUGUUAUUCUAUCACUUCAGGCGUUCAGUUUUCUUAUGCCGUUAUGUUUGGUAUUUGUAUUGCAUGUUUCUCUGCUUUGAGAUCCAUAAUUGCUGUAGAGCUAAUGGGACUGGAAAAACUAACAAAUGCCUUUGGAUUUUUAAUGCUAUUUCAAGGAUUAGCUGCCGCUAUAGGUUCACCAAUAGCAGGGUUCUUCUAUGAUUAUACUGGAAGUUAUAAUGCGUCAUUUUGGUUUGCUGGAAUAUUAAUAACAAUUUCUGCUGUCCUCUGUUAUCCUUUGAACUACGUUAAUCUUUGGGAAAAGAAUAGAAAAAAUAGAAAAAAUGAAGCACAAUAAAUUUUUCAAUUUAGUUUCAUUAACUCAUUUAAGAAAAUAGUUAUUUAUUCUGACUGAGCAUAUUAUUGUUGUUAAAGUUUUUAUACUUAUGAAUAUGUUAAAUAUUACAUGAAAUAAAUCAAUUGGAAA